GUUCUUGAGCAGUUCCCUUACCUCAUAUGGUAUCCAUUACCGCAUCAAAGGAUGAUAGGAAUGGCUAUUGUAGAACGGAAUGAGAAGAUGGUAAGUCUCAUAUGUGAUCUCGGUGACGUUUAUGGAGAUAAGUUCGAUCUGGUUUCUAUAACGGAUGAUGAAAAAAAUACCAUCUUGCAUUAUGCUGCCAAGUUAGCACCUUCUGCUCAACUCAAUUUGAUAUCUGGUGUAGCCCUUCAGAUGCAGCGAGAAGUGCAGUGGUUUAAGGCGGUGGAGAGUAUUAUGAUGGAAACAGAUUGGCUUAAGAGAAACAAAAAAGGGGAUACAGCUCAACAUUUGUUUACAAUCGAACACAAAGAUUUGCUGAAAGAAGCAGAGAAUUGGAUGAAGGAUACAUCUGGUUCCUGCAUGGUAGUUGCUGCUCUCAUAGCCACGGUAGCAUUUGCAGCUGCUUUUACUGUCCCAGGAGGUAAUAUUAGUGACAGUAACAGCUCCAUGAACGGAAGCCCAGUUUUUUUGGGAAAUAACGCAUUUACGGGGUUUGUGGUUGCCGACGCUUUAGCUCUAUUUGCUUCUGUCACAUCAGCUUUGAUGUUUUUAUCUAUAUAUACUUCGCGCUAUGCAGAAAUGGAUUUUCUCAAGGUUCUACCACAGAAACUAAUCAUUGGUUUUGCAACAUUGUUCAUAUCAAUGGCCGCGAUAUUGGUAGCUUUUGGUGCAUCAUUGUAUAUUGUGGUUGGGGGCCGAUAUCCAUGGGCGCCGAUUCCGAUAGCAUUGUUUACUUCCUGUCCUAUCCUCUUGUUUGCAUGCUUGCAAUUGCCAUUGUUUUACGAAAUGGUUCAUUCUACGUAUCGAGGCAGUAUCCUUCGGAACCACAUAUAUAUUGCAUAUACAGUUGAAAAGAAUAAGAAGAAAAAAUAACAGUGGAACGAGUGAGACCAUUAUAUUUAUGAAGAAAAAUAAAAUAAAGGAUGAGUGAGAAACCAAUUUGU